AUGGAAUGGGAGAGGAGGGAUAAGUCGAGCAUCCCACGCCCUGCUCCUCGGUGGAUCUCGGAAAGCAUCACUUCCCAUGGCGACAACAUCCACAGCUUCGACGUCUUCGCUCCCGAGACCAAGCGGGUCUUCUACUCUCGGAGCGAGUUCGUUUUUGAUCAUGCACGCUGGCCACGGGAUGCGAUGGACAACGACUUCCUGACUCUGUCCAAGCUCUUCAACGCCGAGAAAUCUAUCGUCCGGGUUCCUGAUCUUGACCCAAGAUACACGAUAGCAAUUCUUGCUUCGAAGCAGGAACACUGUCUGGUUGAUUUACUAUACGGAUGGCAGGAGGGAAGGCUUCCGGUGAAUAUUAACUGUGUGAUAAGCAAUCACGACAGAGCUCCAAACACUCAUGUCAUACGUUUCCUGGAGAGGCAUGGGAUCCCGUAUCAUUACUUGCCGACCACGGAAACAAACAAAAGGGAAGAAGAGAUCUUGGCAUUGGUUGAAGAUACUGAUUUUCUAGUGCUCGCUAGAUAUAUGCAGAUACUUUCUGGGGGCUUUUUGAAGAGAUACGGGAAGGAUAUCAUUAACAUUCACCAUGGUCUUCUUCCAUCAUUCAAGGGCAGGAAUCCUUCGAAACAGGCCUUUGAUGCUGGGGUGAAGUUGAUUGGUGCAACAAGUCACUUUGUAACCGAAGAACUUGACACAGGACCAAUAAUUGAACAGAUGGUUGAGAGAGUAUCUCACAGGGAUAAUCUGCAAAGUUUUGUGCUGAAGUCAGAGAGCCUCGAGAAACAGUGUUUAACGCAAGCAAUAAAGUCAUACUGUGAGCUCCGAGUUCUGCCUUACCAUUCGAACAAGACUGUUGUAUUUUGAAUACGGUUCUUGCAUACAUCAACGUACAGGAAUAAGUUUCGCUCUUGUUAUUGGCUCUUAAACCUAUGAUCUUCCCUCAAAUACGAUCACGGGGGGUAUUUUAUUGAAAAACUAACAGAAAAACUAAUUGCA